AUGAAAGGAAAAUUGGACCCUGAUGGACCCCCCUUCACUCCUCCUGGAUACAUUGGUCUCUCCCCCUACCCUUACCAUUCUACACCCCUGGGUCGAGGUGGUUCCCCUCUCUCUUUCUUUUAUCCAGAGCAUUUAGGGUCUCCCCCGCCAGCACAUAUGGGAGGUAUACCAUACAGUCUGGAUCCUCAUAAAGGUCCAGUAGGUUUCCGUGGUUAUCCGUUUUCCAGUCAAUACAGUCCCUACCCAGAUUUAACUUCAUG